GCAGAUAAAAACACCAUCAUCUCUCGAGUCAAGAAACAGUUUGUGCCGCAUUUCUCAUAGUUUUGCUUGCAGUGAGUCGGCUCACUCUUUCGUUGAGCCCGAUGGAGCUGUUGCUGAGUGGUUUGUUAAUGUUUCAAGUGCUCGGCUGUGUUACUGGCUAUCCCAAUGGCGCUCCCACUGGUGCCUGCGAAGAUAUGCUGCCUCGCCACAUCGGGGUGUUGCCUCAGCCUUCGCCAGCGCCCUACGUUCUUCUCACCAACGCCAGGACGUUUCAGCCGGGGGAGCCCAUCACAGUCACCAUAACCGGACCAGAAUACCGAGGCGUCCUCCUGGAAGCUCGGACAGGUGGCAGCACCAAUGCUCUUGGGAGCUGGCGGUUUCCUCCUCCUGACACAAAGUUCCUCGAGUGCACGGGGAAUCCCCAAGGUGCCAUAACACACUCCAACACCAACUUGAAGGGAAACACCACCGUGUACAGCUGGAUACCAUCCAACUCCGCGAGCCCGGUCUACUUCAUGGCCACGGUGGCUCAGCAGCGCACAGUCUUCUGGGUUAACGUGAGGUCCGCCCCUCUGAGCAGAGGGAAACCAGCUGGUCUUGGUUUGGCUGUGGGUGCCAGUGUUGGAAAGGCUGACGAAAAGCCCCUGCUUCUCCUUGUGAUGGGUUUUCUGAUUUUACAGAUGUUGGUUUGAAUAGAAUACAUUUACUUGGGUCUGUUUGACCGCUGUUGCAUUAAAUUUACCAUGAAUGCA